AAUAAGGAAACAAUUGGACCCCUGUUGAGAUGAAUGGUUUUCCUUUCUCAUCUCUUUCUGUCAAGCGCUCCGUCCUCUGUCACUCCUUAUCUGUUUCUUUAGUCAUGCCUCUGGGACUCUUGCCCUCACCGGGGGUUAAAGAGCAGCACAGGCUCCGAGCCCGGCCUCCCUGCAGCCUCACUGAGCCCUCCCAUUGGUCCACUCUUUCCCACUACACCAGCGGCGGGGCCCGCCCUCCCUCCGUCUCCGCUCAAACCCCCGUCAGUCUGUUUGGAUUACUGUAACAGCUCAGGCCUCUCACGCUCGCUCCUCUCUCCUGCCCACUGCACAAACUCCAGUGUGCGAGAGAUGAGGAGGAUUAGGUGACAGAGAGCAGCGUUUGUUUUCACCCUCAGAGAAGAGAGAGGAGAGGAAGGGAGAGGAGAGGAGAGCAGCCAUGGAGUUGAAGGUGCAGGGUAAGAGGAAGAGGGACGCCUAUGUCAGAGUUUUAGGAUGGCCAGUGAAGGCUCCACUCUUCCCAGUCCCGUGGUCCGCCAGAUUGACAAGCAGUUCCUGAUCUGCAGCAUAUGUCUGGACCGCUACGAGAACCCCAAAGUUCUGCCCUGCCUGCACACCUUCUGUGAGAGGUGCCUGCAGAAUUACAUCCCGGCCCACAGCCUCACACUGUCGUGCCCCGUGUGCCGCCAGACCUCGAUCCUGCCGGAGAAGGGUGUGGCGGCAUUGCAGAAUAACUUCUUCAUCACCAACCUGAUGGACGUGCUGCAGCGGGCGCCUGACAGCUGCAGCCAGGAGGCCGCCGCUCUCAACAACAUCACCACGGUGGCUACAGGCCAGCUGCUCUCCUGCCCCAACCAUGGAGGCAACGUCAUGGAGUUCUACUGUCCGCCCUGUGAGACGGCCAUGUGUCAGGAGUGUACAAGUGGCGAGCACGGCGAACACCCAACUGUGCCUCUUAAAGACGUCGUGGAACAGCACAAGGCCUCGCUACAGGACCAGCUCGACGCUGUCAAGAAGAGGUUGCCAGAGAUCGACUCGGCCCUGCACACGCUGUCAGAGAUCCUGCAGCAGCUGACCAAUCAGAAGAGCUCCAUCGAGGACGACAUCCACACGACGUUCGAUGAGCUGCAGAAGACACUGAAUGUCCGCAAGAGCGUCUUGCUCAUGGAGCUGGAGGUCAACUACGGCCUCAAGCAGAAGGUACUCCAGGCCCAGCUGGAUACCCUGCUGCAGGGCCAGGAGGGCAUCAACAGCAGCUGCAACUUCACGGAGCAGGCGCUGAGCCACGGCACCGAGGCCGAGGUGCUGCUGGUGAAGAAGCAGAUGAGCGAGCGUCUCGUCGAGCUCGCCAGCCAGGAGCUUCCUCUGCAGCCCGGAGAGAACAACCAGCUGGACUUCAUCGUGGAGACCGACGGACUCAAGAAGUCCAUCCACAACCUGGGCACUAUCGUGACCACUAACGCCGUGGCCUCUGAGACCGUGGCCACUGGUGAGGGGCUGCGGCACUGCGUGGUGGGUGUGCCCACGUCCAUCACCAUAACCACUAAGGACAAAGACAGGGAGCUGUGCAAGAUGGGUAACGCCGUCAUCACGGCUGAAAUCUCCUCACCCGAUGGCAGCAAGGGUGAAGGAGAGAUACUGGACAACAAGAACGGCACUUACGAGUACCUGUUCACGGCUCCUAAAGAGGGAACUUUCAAUCUGUCGCUGCGUUUGUACGACCAACAUAUUAAAGGGAGCCCCUUUAAGAUAAAGGCCACCAAGUCUAUAGAUGUGUCGCCAACCUCAGACGGGAUGAAGAAGCGGCUGAAGUCUCCGGGCAGCGGUCACAUCAAGCAGAAGGCCAUCAAGAGGCCGGCCAGCAUGUACAGCACAGGGAGGAGGAAAGAGAACCCCAUCGAGGACGACCUCAUCUUCAGAAUCGGCACAAAAGGAAGAAACAAAGGGGAGUUCACUAAUCUUCAGGGAGUCGCUGCCUCCUCUUUGGGCAAAGUGCUGAUAGCAGACAGCAACAAUCAGUGUGUCCAGAUUUUCUCCAAUGACGGUCAGUUCAAAAGCCGCUUCGGUGUCCGGGGCAGGACUCCGGGUCAGCUGCAGCGGCCGACGGGCGUGGCUGUCCACCCCAACGGUGACAUCAUCAUUGCGGACUAUGACAACAAAUGGGUCAGCAUCUUCUCAGGUGAAGGCAAGUUCAAGAACAAGAUCGGCUCGGGGAAGCUGAUGGGCCCUAAAGGCGUGUCCGUGGACAGGAACGGCCACGUCAUCGUGGUCGACAACAAGUCCUGCUGCGUCUUCAUCUUCCAGCUCAACGGCAAGCUGGUCACCAAGUUCGGUAACCGUGGCAACGGCGACAGGCAGUUUGCAGGUACACUCAAUGGCCCUCACUUCGCUGCUGUCAACAACAACAAUGAAAUCAUUGUGACGGAUUUCCACAACCACUCAGUGAAGGUGUUCAACACAGAAGGGGAGUUUUUGCUGAAGUUUGGUUCGAACGGCGAAGGCAACGGCCAGUUCAACGCCCCCACAGGAGUGGCCGUGGACGUCAAUGGGAACAUCAUAGUGGCCGACUGGGGCAACAGCAGGAUACAGGUGUUCGAUGGCAGCGGCUCCUUCCUCUCCUACAUCAACACCUCAGCAGACCCGCUGUACGGCCCGCAGGGACUCGCUCUCACCUCCGACGGACAUGUCGUGGUUGCGGAUUCUGGCAACCACUGCUUCAAAAUCUACCGCUACCUGCAGUAGCAGCUCUUCUUCCUCAGCGCACAAACUGUACGGUGCAUAUAAACUCCCACGUGCACUCACUCGUACGGAGACAGGUCAGCACUCAUCCGCUCACCCAUUCAUCUUUGAGCUGUGCCGUCGUCGUGCCAUCUGUUUGACCGUUCCACACGUGAAUGAGAGACAACGGACAGAGUCGUCUGUGGUUUGAAUGAAGUGUGGAGACGCCUGAUUGGUUUCUUUGAGGAGUCACUUAUAAGCUUGUUCACAUUCCAUCAUAACUACGUGGAUUCGAGACACAAAAGCCGAAAUAUUGUACAUACGUGAGACAUGGAUUUGUUGAGAUAUGAUUUGUUGAGACAUGGCGGGAAAACCGUGAAAUAAUUCCAUUGCACUUUUCCUAACUGAUACUGGUUGGACACUGUGUUAAGUAAACGAGCACUUGAGUCACCUGAAUAAAAAGGAACUUCUGUUUAUAGGACCAGUAACUUGCAGCUUCCUGUUCGAUGCUCUUAAGAGUCCUCACAUUUUGCCUGUUCACGAUAAAGACAAAUCCUCCACCUACUGUAGGAAGCAGGGUAUUUUAGAGCAUGAUUAAGCAUAUCUGUGCAUGCUGUUUUUACCAAGAAACACCAGAAAAGCUAGUGUGCACUCUAGAAGUCUGUAUCAGGAUGACAAGGUGCGAUAUGUAAGAACUGUACGAACUUACCAACUAAAAUCAUCAACAGAAUGUAACGGAAUGAAAGUUUUGCCAUUACGACAUCCGUGUAUUGAGUUUUGCUCUGUGCUGCAGUUAGCAUGCUAAGCAGCUAGCCCCAGCUCCAUGUGUUAGCGAUGUGAACACCAACGCUCCCAGUCCGCACCGCUACCUGCACGGCUAACUGAGCUAACUAGCCAACGACAGCUACAGUUGGCAGCAGUUAGCGGUUACUGUGCUGAUAUGCUGCCCCCCUGUUUGGUUUGAAUAUGAAUUAGACAGCUGGCAGAUUCCUACAUAUUGCACCUUUAAACACAUCUUGAAAGUAAAAGUUUAAAUGGAAGCACUAGUUCAAUAAUACUUCUACCUGUAUGUGAAAAUGAUAAGUCAGUGUUAUAUGUCAUCACUUCAAAUGAACACACACCUGUUUUGAGUCAUUUCUACUCAAUGGGCCGUACAAAAACACAUGGUGUGUGUGUGUGUGACAAGUGUGAGUGUGUUGUGAUCAAUAAAGGUACAAAACCGAAGCCACUUGAUAUGUUGACUUAUCUGCUCAGUGUGUGUGUGUGCGUGUGUGGGUUCGUUAAGAAGCCUCUUGACAUUUGGACUUUCAGUCUGCUGUGACUGUGUACAAACAUAGUAGAUUCUGUUGCAGAAUUGGAGUAAUUAGAUGAAAAAAUGCUGAUAAUAAAGUCAGCAGGGUGCACGGGUCCUCACGUUUAGGGUUUGUUCAUCAGUCUGACAACAUCAGACGCAGAGCUGCACAACUGUGAUCACCUUCGCUCCCCUCCAUGUGCUCUUAUGUCAUUCAAAGAAAACCUGUAGGACUACUAACAAGUUGUGUUUUAGUCAGCCGAUCCAUGUAUCCCCCAGAAAAGAUGCAAUGUGUAGUUCAACAGUCGAGUUGUUAAAAUGCACCGUGCUCCUUUUAGAAAAGCCUUAGUCAACAUCUGUUUUGUCUCCAAGCACACAGUUUUCAUUACUUGUUAUCCUGAAUUUGGUCAUCCAUUUUCUACACGAUCCUGUUAAAUUAUUUGUUUUCCAUUGUCUUGUUUAUAUUUGUAAUGCCAAAUGGAAUUAAAGUGCCCAUAGGAAAGAA